AUGCCGCUCUUUAGCCGCCGCUUUCCACCUGAAGAUGCAAAUCGGAACGGUCAACGGCGCGGACCCAGGCGCAGAUCUCCGCGGCUUCUGCAGCUCCUGCCCUUUAUUCUGCUUUCUUUUGUUCUUCCAGCGUUUAGUUCACCCGAAGACCGCAUUGAUGUCCCUUUGCUUGAAGACGUCAGCCAGCUUGCAAAAAAAUCAAAAACAGCAGCAGCAACAGCCCCACUGCCGCCACCACCGCCCCCCCUCCCAGCAAAAGCAGCUGCAGCAGCAGCAGCAGCAAAAGAAUCAGCAGCAGCAACAGCCCCACCGCCGCCGCCACCUCCCCCGCUGCCAGCAGCAGCUGAUGCUGCAGCAGCAGCAGCAAAAAAAUCAGCAACAGCAACAGUGCCGCCGCCGCCACCACCGCCUCCGCUCCCAGCAGCAGGUGCUGCUGCUGCUGCAGCAACAAAAGCAGCAACAGGAGCAGCACCGCCACCACCACCGCCCCUGCCCCCCUCAGCAGCAGCAAAGAAAAAAGCAGAAGCAGCAGCUUCGCCACCGGGGCUUUCGCUGCCAGCAGCCGCAGCAGCAGCAGCAGCAGCAGCAGCAGCAAGAAAAGCAGCAGCAGCACAACAAGCAGCAGCAGCAGCAGACGAAGCGCCGUCUUCCCCAGCGCCUUCAAGCGACUCCACAAAUGAUGCUGCAGCUGCUGCUGACUCGGAUUCUGAUUCUGCUGCUGCUGCUGCUGCUGCUGCUCCUGCAGCAACAGCAGCAGCAGAUACAGCUGCAGCAACCAGCGCCGCGGCGGGCGCUGCAGUUAGCACCAAAAUUAUUGCCUAG